AUGCUCAAAUUCAGAAUAUCUGCACCGGGGACGGUAUGCUUAAGUGGAGAACACUUUAUGGAAUACAGCAAAACUUGCGUAGCGGCCAGCAUAGAUAGGCGUAUGACACUGGAAUUCAUCGAAUUUCCUUCAGAGAUUUCAAAUACUUUUAUAGCACUGAUUUUCGACGAUAUCAAAUUAUGCAUGAACAUACCUUUAGAAACUUAUUUUAACUAUUUUCUUUAUUCACAUUCGUGUGUGAUUAAUGAUAAUUCAACUGACGAAAUCGUAAAUUUUGUUGAUUCAUUAACGGAAGAUAUGGGCACGUACAAUCGCGACGAUCCCAAACAUUAUUUAAGUUUAUGUAUGUUCUUUUAUCUGCUCGUGACGAUCGCCUAUGAACAAGAUAUUAAUAUAACAGGCUCUUUUGUCGUAAAAGUAUGGUCGGAAUUGCCGAUCGGAGAAGGUUUUGGCAGCUCGGCGUCAUUCGCGGUAUGUCUCGCGGCGUGCUUUUGGCGUUGGUCGCAUCUGCAAAAAGGGAUCGUCAUUUGCGAAUUCGUUAGAUAUGAAUUGUUGAAAAUCGCGAUAUACGCUUCCAUGUGCGAUAUUCUCAUAUGUGAAUCUAAGACUUCGCUACAUUGUUUCGUAUCCGCAAACGGUUCAAUAGUGGAAUUCAAAAAUAACUUUUUUUUUAAAAUGUAUCAAAUAUUUCCGAGCAUAAAGGUCUUGCUAGUCUUUUCGAAUAUUAGCAGAAAACUCAUGAACGAACUGUCAUAUGAAGAUGCGAUGGAGAAUCCUUUGUUCACACUCCUUCUGAACUGUAUUCACGCUACUUCGGAAAUGUCUGCUAAAUUGUUCGAAAAUAAUAUACCAAAAAUGUUGGAAUUUGAUGAGACUGAGCCUCUAUUUAUGUACUUACAGGACUUUUGCGAGAAAUUAUCGUAUCUCAUUCAAGUAAAUCAUGGAUUAUUGAAGGCAUUAAACAUAUCGAAUUCACACAUAGAACUUAUUUCUGCAAUUGCGCGAAGCUUUUCACUAAACGGGAAAAUGACAUGCAGUAACAAAGGAGGAUAUGCAUUUAUUUUGCUGCCACCGAAAUUUACAAUUGAACGUACUGCUGAAAUAAUAAGUAAAUUCAAGUCGUAUGAUUUAGACGUCAUUGUAACCACUAUAUGUGGAAGAUAUAGUGGAGUGAGAAUUGACUAUUGUAAUCAAAUGUAA